GCAGUCGGAUUGAGCAUCAUUCGAGCAGCAUCCUGCAAACAGUACACAUCUUCUCUCGUCCUCUGAGAAACAAUCGAAACAAAAUUUACAAAAAUGGCUCCACAGAACAGCAACCAAACCGCCUUCGUCUCGAAGACCCAGCACUAUCUGAAGGUGAAGAAGCCUCUACUGGAGCGUCAGCGAAGGGCCCGCAUGAACAAGUGCCUUGACACACUGAAGACACUUGUUGCCGAGUUCCAGGGCGACGACGCCAUCCUGCGAAUGGACAAGGCCGAGAUGCUCGAGGCUGCCCUCGUCUUCAUGCGCAAGGAGGUCGUCAAGCAGCAGGCGCCAGUCUCCCCGCUUCCCAUGGAUAGCUUCAAGAACGGCUACAUGAACGCCGUCAGCGAGAUCUCCCGAGUGAUGGCCUGCACCCCGGCGAUGAGUGUUGAGGUUGGCAAAACAGUGAUGACUCACCUCGGCGUCGAGUUCCAGCGCAUGUUGCAGUCCGAUCAGCAGUCCCAGCAACAGGCAACUCAAUUGGAAUCCGCCUCUCGCCCUCUCAGCCCCGCCUCCUCAGGCUACCACAGCGACACUGAGGAGUCUGAGGCCGCCGUCAGCCCCAAGCCAGCUCAGUCUUCCAGCAUGUGGCGUCCCUGGUAAUCCUUCAACAUCAUCAUCAUCGCCAGCAAUCAUCAAAUCCUGUCUUCCAUCAACCAUACAAUCAACAACGAAUCAUGUCUUCCAAUUGAAUCGUUAACACUGUGAUAACAGCUUUACCUAGUUUAUAAGAAAAUACCAAGCUUUAAUAGUUUAUUAAGAUUUAUAAGUUAAGAAACAUCAA